AUGGGUCCAGCCAAUAGUGUGAAACGAAGUCAAACGGAGAUUCAGUCGUUUCUUGAAAAAGAAAAGGAAAAGUUCGUUGCCAAACUUGACAGUCCUCUACGACAAAAUGCUAGUCUAAGUGAUUUUGAACUUGUACGUACGAUCGGUACGGGAUCGUUUGGUCGAGUAAUUCUGGUUAAGCAUCGGACUGAUUCUGAAAAUGAAAGAAUUGCUUUGAAAGUUCUCGAAAAACAAGUUAUUAUUAAAAUGAAGCAAAUCGAUCAUACAUUAGCAGAGAAAAAGAUUCUUCAAGCAUUAUCAAGUCCAUUUAUUGUUAAACUGUUAUACACGUUUAAGGAUAAUUCCUAUCUAUAUCUUGGCCUGGAAUUUGUACCUGGAGGUGAACUUUUCGCACAUUUACGUGCUCUUGGCCGUUAUUCAGAAGACAUGGCUAGAUUCUAUAGUGCACAAAUCGUACUUGCUUUCGAAUAUCUUCAUCAUUUAAGUGUUAUUUAUAGAGAUCUGAAACCGGAAAAUUUACUUUUUGGAUCUGAUGGUUAUUUGAAAAUAACAGAUUUCGGUUUUGCAAAACGUGUGAAAGACCGUACAUACACAUUAUGUGGAACACCUGAAUAUCUUGCCCCAGAAAUAAUUCUCAGUCGUGGCUAUAAUAAAGGUGUCGACUACUGGGCAUUAGGUGUAUUAUUGUACGAAAUGACUGCUGGUUAUCCACCGUUUUUUGCCGAUCAGCCUAUACAAAUCUAUGAAAAAAUUGUGUCCGGUCGCGUGCGUUUUCCAGCUCAAUUCACAGUUGACCUGAAAGAUUUACUUAAAAACUUACUACAAGUUGAUUUAACACGUCGCUAUGGCAAUUUGAAAUCUGGUGUUAAAGAUAUUAAAGAACAUCGAUGGUAUAAAGAUGUUGACUUCAUCGCUGUUUAUGAAAAAAGUGUUGAAGCACCAUUUAUACCAAAAACUGAUAAAGACAACUACGACAUAUAUGACGAACAGCCGUUACAAGUCGGCACGGUUGAUCGGUAUCCCAAGGAGUUUAUGGAAUUUUAG